AUGAAGUUGAUACGCAAGUAUCAUGUUAUUCCUUAUGAAAACGGAUUCGCCCUAGAGUCUGCGAAGCGGUUCCUAGAAACUAUCCUAUCGAACACUAGCCUGGAUGCCAGUACGAAAUGCCGAUUCUAUCAAGACAUGCUUUACCGUAUACGCAAUCAUAGUGAUAUGCCUAUUGUCAAUGACGAAAUGAUGUCAAUUGUGCGUGAAAACUAUAAUCUACACACCGCACUAGCUACAUCGCAUGAAACGAUGGAAGAAGAUGUGGUAAAGAAGAAAGAAGAAGAAGAAGCGGUGAUGAUGAAAAAAGAGGAGGAGGAUUUUACAAAGUCGGAGCCUACUAUCGAAGAAACGUUUGGCGAGUAUAAGCAGCAUGAGAUCAAACCAAAGGCACUCAAAAAGGAACUAAAGGAUGAAAAAUUUUUGCCGUAUACGACUACAGUUCCCGUAAAGAAGGAAAUCUUGCCACCAAAAGUCGUUCAAGACACCCCACAGCCCCCGAAAAUUGCUCAAACAGUGUCAGAAUCACGCAAUUUUGGACCAAUGCACAAUUAUCGUGGGUUUCCCGACUAUCGUUAUGUACCCUACAAGGCUCCCAUGAAGAAAAGACGUGUUUCACAAACACCAAAUAGAGGAGUGAAGAGAAAGGCUGAGGAUGACGGUCCAGAAGAGGGAAGGAAACGAGGAAAGUGGGAUAUUUCAUCGAUAAAUGGUUUAAAAAAGGAGAACGUAAACGUCUAG